AAGUCCACGUGGCUUUGUGCUUUGAGUUGGCCUGGAAGACCAAGAUGAUGUCAGGCUCAAAGAUAGUUCUUCCAAGCUCUGAUGCUGAUGAAUAUACUUUACAUGCUCUGCGUAGCACAAUAAUAAGUAUUGUGAACCCUAAAGGUCGGAAGGGCAGAAACAUCUACAUCAGUGGUAAUCGUCCAAGUUGGUGGCCAAAAGAUGUGGCAUUUUCUUCUGUGAGAGGGAGCAAGGCUAUCGCAAAUAGUAUCACUGUUGGAAACAUGAGAAAUGUCCUGAGCAGUACACAUUGUAAGUUUUAUGCAAAUUGAUGUAUUUGAUUGUACCCUUUUCCUCACUCAAUCCCACCUCUUCCCCACUCGUUGGUGAUAAGCAACCAGUAAGAGAAGUCAGCCCACAAAGUUCCUUUGAAAGUGAUCAAGAAGAGCCUGUAGGAAUGAACCAAACACCACCUACUGGAGCUAAUCGUACCCGAUCAGUUGGAGCCACAAUCAGCACUGCUGCACAACAUGCAAGCCCAAAGCUUAUCCUACCCAGCUCGUGUGCAAAUGACUACUCUCCACCUGAUCUCAUUUCGCUAAUUCAAAAGAUUUUAAAUCCCCAACGGAGAAACUUCGUAUACUCCAGUGCUAAUCGUCCCAGCUGGUGGCCGACUGAUGUAACAUUCAUUAGGGCAGAAGGUAAGAAUUGGAGGAACAAAGAAAGAAGGAACGGUAUGAAAGCUAAGGACAGGAUAAAAGUAUUGACAGCUUUUCUGAAGAAAUGUCCUGAGCAGUACACAAUAUCACCUCCUGUUGACCAGCGAAACUCUGCCUUAGAAGAUAAAACUGACCAACCAGAAGACUCCAUCAUAUAUAUUGAUGAUAGUUCAAAUGAAUCUGAUUCAAGUGACCCUGAAGACUUGUUGAAUAGUCUAGAGCAGCACCUUCUGGAUUCUAGGAAAAGAAGGCUCGAGGCUGAGAGGAAAGUUGAGAAGCUGAGUGAAGAAAACAAGCGUCUAAAAAAAGAAAAGAAGUCCAUAGGUUCUAUUGUGAAACGAUCGCGACUCCAUCAUUACUAGUUUAGUCCCUCAUUAUCCUCAUACUUAACUGUCCAUUAAUCAUGUAUCUACUUUCGUUUUUUCUUUUCUUUUCUUCAAACUCAUAAUCAUAUCAUUUUAUAUCAUCAUCACUUCAAUUAAUAAUUUUAUCCAA